GACGGGCCGCCACACCGGCACUCCGAGAAUGCCCGCCGCUGGCUGGAGCAGUACUACGUGGGGGAGAUGGAGCCCGGCGAGGAGCAGAGCCUCCCCGAGCCGGUGGAUGAGAACGCGGUGGAUGUUGCAGCGCAGAGCCCGACGCAGAAGGAUCCCCGCUAUAAAACAGUGGACGUGGCCAACGACCUGGUGGAUUGGGAGAAGCCCUUGCUGUGGCAGGUGGGCUACCUGGGCGAGAAGUACGACGCCCAGCCUGGGGCCGGGCCCACCCGCCUCUUCCACUCGGAUUUCAUCGAGUCCCUCUCCAAGACGGCGUGGUACAUGGUGGUCUUAGUGUGGGCUCCCGUGGUGCUCUAUCUCAGCUGGGUCAGCUACACCUCCCUUGCCCAGGGCAACACCAGGCUCUUCGCCUCCUUCACCACAGAGUACUCCAUCCCUGUCCACAAAUACUACUUCCCCUUCAUCUUCCUCAUGGGGAUGUUCCUGUGGUCCCUGCUCGAGUACCUCAUCCAUCGCUUUGUCUUCCACAUGAAGCCACCCGCUAGUAACUACUAUCUCAUCACCCUGCAUUUCUUGCUGCAUGGGCAGCAUCACAAGUGUCCUUUCGACAGCUCCCGCCUGGUCUUUCCUCCUGUGCCAGCCUCGCUGGUGAUCGGCUUCUUCUACGGCGGCCUCCGGCUCCUGCUGGCCGAGGUGCUGGGGCUCUCGGUGUUCGUCGGGGGGCUCUGCGGCUACGUCAUCUAUGACAUGAUGCACUAUUACCUCCACUACGGCUCCCAAGGCACCUACCUGUACGGCCUGAAGGCUUAUCACGUCAAGCACCACUUUGAACACCAAAAAUCAGGCUUCGGCAUCAGCACCCGCUUCUGGGAUCGCCCCUUCCGGACGCUCAUCCCUGAGGAGACCUUCGAGAAGGAGAACUGA